ACCACGCCAAACCGUCGACAUCAUGCGUACUUACGAAGAUUCCUUCUCGGGAGCCAAGAUCUACCCUGGAAAGGGCAAGCUCUACAUCCGUGGAGACUCCAAGAUCUUCCGUUUCCAAAACGGUAAAUCCGAAUCUUUGUUCUUGCAACGCAAGAACCCUCGCCGAAUUGCAUGGACCGUUCUCUUCAGAAGACAACACAAGAAGGGUAUCUCUGAGGAAGUCGCCAAGAAGCGUUCCCGCAAGACCGUCAAGUCCCAAAGAGCCAUCGUCGGUGCUUCCCUCGAUGUCAUCAAGGAGCGAAGAAACCAGAGACCAGAAGCCAGAUCCGCUGCUCGUGAGUCCGCCAUCAAGGCCGCUAAGGAGAAGCGUGCCGCAGAGCAAGCCGCCAAGAAGGCCACAAAGGCAAAGACCAAUGUCUCCACCCAAUCGAAAGUCAGCAAGCAAGGUUCCAAGGGUAAGGCACCAAAGCCAAUGAACACUAGCCGUUAAAUAUUUUGUUCAUGGUUGUCGCGGUGCAAUGGAAGGGAAAUUGGGUUGUUGUUGUUAACGAAAUGAACGAAUAAUCUUCGAAAGUUUCGGGGAGAUUUUUCAAUCAAGCAUGGAUGAGCAAAAUGGGCUUUCUGCGUGAUCUUGAUCAAUAGCAUUUACAAUGACAAGACUGGUACAAACAA